AUGGGGCGCCUGGCGAGAAAAAAGCAACACAAGGGAGAUAAACCAAUCAAAGAGAAAUACAGAACGAAACGGAAAACAAAAGACUUGGAUGAAAUCCACGAAGACAUGAAACCAGGCAAAUCACGGAAACUGCUGAAUCAGGAUGUGGAUUUUGAUAAACCAGGGUAUCAACACUCUAUCAUCUUUUGUUAUAUAGGAAGCCGUAUGCCCAGUGCUCCCAUUGGUAUCCCCCGCCAGCUGCUGAGGGGUCCACCACCACAAAGUCCAUACAACAGCCCUGGUCCACGCCAAAGUCCACACAGCGGUCACUUUGGUCCUCACUCCGGCAGUCCUUACGGCCCACCCCACGCAGGGUCCUACCCUCCCCCUCACAACAGCCCAGUGGGCCCAAGACCACCACAUCCACUGGGUCAUUCAGAUCCCAGAAGAGGUCGAGGCAGGGGAUUCUUCAGGGGACAUAACCGUGGAAACUACAGCAAUACUGAUCACAGAGAGGGUUAUUCAGAAGGUCAUGACCCAGCCAGGUACGAUCAAGGUCAUCACCCUGACAACCGGGAACACCGCCGAGAUUACCACGACAACCGGCGGGAACACGACCGCCGCAGGUACUACCAUUACAAUCCGGAGGAAGACAGGAAGAGAUCGGUGGAUGCUUACGCUGGAUUGAUGACUCAAAAAGAAAAAGACUGGAUUAUCAAAAUCCAGUUGAUCCAACUCCAAACAGAAAAUCCAUAUCUGGAUGACUUCUACUACACGACUUAUUCCUUGAAAAAGAAAGCUGAGGAGCGGCUUAAGAGACAACAGAAUGGAGUGAUGGAUGACAAGGAUCAGGAACUAAACCUUAUCAUCCCAGCCAUGGCCAAACUAGAGACCAAGCCAUACAGACCAGGUACACUGAAACAUAGUCCAGAUGCUCUGGAUCUCAACUGGAUUUUACAAUUUAUUUUGAGAGAAUUAGUUAUUCAGAACCUUGCUU